CGUCCCUGUCCCGGGGGAAGUCGACGCAGGAGGGGGAGCAGAGGCGCCCGUGCUCGCCUGCACCCAGAAGCUCGUCCCGCCUUCACCGUGGCCCCCACCCCGCGGCCUCGGGAGGCCCACCGGGGGCUCGUGGCCCGGGUCCAGCCCCCGCCUCCUGGCGCGCCCUGUCCCCACGCCUGACACAGCCCCGCGGGGUCACGGGGCCAGUUCCCGGAAUCCCAGGCGGCCCGGCGCUGGGCAAACAGGGCAAAGGUGAGGCACCGAGCGCCGCGGGACCAUGAGGCUGCUGCUCUUCCUGGGCUUGCUGGGCGGCUGGGCGGCCGCCGCCCCGGGCCCCACGUGGCCGCAGCCCCUGUUCGGCCGCCUGGCGUCCCCCGGCUUCCCCGGGGCCUACGCCAACCACCAGGAGCGGCGCUGGGCCCUGACGGCGCCCCCCGGCUACCGCCUGCGCCUCUACUUCACCCACUUCCACCUGGAGCUCUCCUACCUGUGCGAGUACGACUUUGUCAAGCUGAGCUCAGGGACCGAGGUGCUGGCCACGCUGUGCGGCCAGGAGAGCACGGACACCGAGCGGGCCCCGGGCAACGACACCUUCCGCUCGCCGGGCUCCAGCCUGGACGUCACCUUCCGCUCCGACUACUCCAACGAGCAGCCCUUCACGGGCUUUGAGGCCUUCUAUGCGGCAGAGGACAUCGACGAGUGCCAGGUGCCCCCGGGAGAGGCCCCGCCCUGCGACCACCACUGCCACAACCACCUGGGUGGCUUCUACUGCUCCUGCCGCCAGGGCUACAUUCUCCACAGGAACAAGCGCACCUGCUCAGCCCUGUGCGCAGGUCAGGUCUUCACCGGCCGGUCGGGGGUGCUCAGCAGCCCUGAAUACCCGCAGCCGUACCCCAAACUCUCCAGCUGCACCUACAGCAUCCACCUGGAGGAGGGCUUCAGCAUCGUCCUGGACUUCGAGGCGCCCUUCGACGUGGAGACGCACCCCGACGCCCUGUGCCCCUACGACUCCCUCAAGGUCCGAACAGACAAAGAGGAAUAUGGGCCGUUUUGCGGGACGACGUUGCCCCAGAGGAUCGAAACCCAAAGCAGCGCCGUGGCCAUCAGCUUUGUGACCGAUCAGUCGGGGGAGCACGCGGGCUGGAGGAUCCGCUACAGCAGCUCGGCUCGGCCCUGCCCCAGUCCCGUGGCGCCGCCCAACGGCCGCAUCGCCCCCGUGCAAGCCGAGUACGUGCUGGAGGACCGCGUGGCCGUGUCCUGCGACCCCGGGUACGAGCUGCUCCGGGGUUCCUCGGCCCUGAAAUCCUUCACCGCCGUGUGCCAGAGGGACGGGUCCUGGGACCAGCCGCCGCCGCGCUGCAGCGCCGUAGACUGCGGCCCCCCCGACGACCUGCCCGCCGGCCGCGUGGAGUUCCUCACAGGCCCCGGGGUGACCACGUACAGAGCGGGGAUCCGCUACCGCUGUAACGGGAGCUUCUACGCGAGGACCAUGACCGCGGACGACGGUAAAUAUGUGUGUGAGGCUGACGGAUUCUGGACGGGCCCCAAAGGAGAAAAAUCGCCCCCCGUCUGUGAGCCCGUUUGUGGACUAUCCACUCGCACCACAGAAGUCGAUACGGGGCAGAGCAAGCUGGGGGACUUUCCCUGGCAAGUCCUGUUACUGGGUCGGACUACGGCAGCGGGCGCCCUCCUGCGGGACAACUGGAUCCUAACCGCGGCUCACGCGGUGUAUACACAGAAGGCGGCUGCCUCCUCCUUGGACAUCAGGAUGGGUACCCUGAAGAGACUGUCGGCUCAGUACACCCAGGCCCGGGCCGAGGCCAUCUUUAUACAUGAAGGUUACACUCCUGGUGCUGGUUUUGACAACGACAUAGCACUGAUUAGGUUGAAGAACAGGGUGGUGAUCAGGAGCAACGUCCUGCCGAUCUGUCUGCCAAGAAAGGAAGCGGAAUCCUUCAUGAGGACCAAUGACAUUGGAACCGCAUCUGGAUGGGGAUUAACCCAGAGGGGUUUUCUUGCCAGACAUCUAAUGUUUGUUGACAUACCAAUCGUCGACCAUCAGAAAUGUGCCGCUGCGUAUGAAAAGCUGUCCUACCCCGGGGGGAGGGUCACGGAGAACAUGCUUUGCGCUGGCUUAGAAGGUGGGGGCAAGGACAGCUGCAGAGGGGACAGUGGGGGGGCAUUAGUGUUUCUAGACAAUGAGACACAGAGAUGGUUUGUGGGAGGAAUAGUGUCCUGGGGUUCCACUAAUUGCGGGGAAGCCAAUCAGUAUGGGGUGUAUACCAAAGUCAUUAACUAUAUUCCCUGGAUCGAGAACAUAAUUAAUAAUUUUUGAUUUGCAUGUCUGCACAAUCAAUUGAUUUAAUCAACCAAUUCUUUAGUUAAAACAUCCCUGUAAAAGAUCUUGGCAGCACCGUGACCGGAGAAGACGUGAACACCCCCAACCACCCCCAAGCACACCACGGGCCAGACCGUCAUUACAGGUGCUCCUCACCUGCCAGUUCCCCCGCCCCCCACUCUUUGAUCCAAGGGGAUACAAACGAUUAAGUGGCAUCACCUUCCCCAAACCAACAGAAA